CCCUACUCCCUUGUUUUUAUGGGUGGACUUAGGUGGAUGGUGUUAAUCACUCAUCCUAGCAUCUCCUCACCCAUCCACUCGGCCAAGGCAGAUAGAGAAGCUCUAGGGAAGUCUCCUCUCAUAGUCCAAGCAGCAAGGAAGAGAAUCCAAGGAGAAGAGGGUUGUUUUUGAGGAGGGUUGGCCAAUCGAUAGGAGUCGAAACCGCCGGAAACCGUCACUUCAAAGGAGCUAGUCGUAGUUGCAGACCACGAAAGCCGCCCGGCUUUCGUGAAAGCCGCCCGGCUUUUGCCCAGCAGUCCAGUUUUACACCUUCAAUCGGCCUAGAACGGGGAUUGAUCGAGGGGCUUGGCAAAGGCAACUAUUUCAGCACUUCAUAAGAUUUGGGCUGUUCAUCAGGACCAAACACUCUCUUGUUAGUCUCCGAGCUCAUACAGGCGGUUGAUUGUGCCCGGAAAGAGCUCCGGCAUCGCUCCCCGGAAUUCCACAUACAGCUAAAUGACCUUCCCGGCAAUGACUUCAACACCAUAUUACUAUUGUUGUCGCAGUAUAUGGAAGGUUUGAAGAAAGAGAUGGGAGAUGAGUUUGGGCCAUGUUUCAUCAGCGGAGUUCCUGGAACGUUUUAUGGGAGGCUUUUUCCUACCAAUGCUCUGAAUUUCGUCCACUCCUCUUACAGUCUAAUGUGGCUAUCUCAGGAUUUGAUUGAAGAUGCAAAGUUAAACACAUUCAACCUUCCUCAUUACACCCCAUCUCUGGCUGAAGUGAAAUGCCUAGUUGAGAAGGAAGGGUCUUUCUCCAUCAUCUCCUCAAAUGGUAGAUAUAUUGAUUGGAAUGCAUGUGGUGGAGAAGUGCACAAAAGUAGAAGUGUGGAAGAAACAGGCAAGAGUGUGACCAAGUGCAUGAGCGUUGUGUCAAAGUCCUUGUUGGUUAGUCAUUUUGGGGUGAGAGUUAUUGAGGAGACGUUCCAUAAGUAUCAAAAGAAUAUCAUAGAUUCCAUGUCUAAAGGAAAUAGACGAUUUUUCAAUGUUACAGUCUCUUUGGUUAGAAAACCAAAGGGAUAACUAAUUUAGUAGUUUGUGAACAAUAAUAAUUGGCUUACCCCAAAGUGUUGCUAAUUUAGUAGUUUGAAUAAUUGCAAGUCAGAAUAAUUGCAAUAAUUACAUGGACUAAACCUAUAUACACCAAGGUG